CAAAUUAAAUUUAAUCAUCUCUAUUAACAAUAAUGCAAUCUCUAUUUGAGUCACGUAUAAAUAAUCUCAUUAGUUUAUUUAUACCCAAAUGAGUAAUGCAAAUGAAUUAUUAGGUAGGUACUUUUUAUUUAUUACAUACACGAACACAUUUAAUUAAAUAUUAUACAUAAAUAACAAGUAAAAAGUUAAAAAAAUAAUAGAAAAUUUCGUAUAAAAGCUUUGUUCCUGAGCUUAUUUUAUGUGUUAAGGCAAUUUUGUGCUAACAACAUCAAAUCUAUAUUCUAAUAAAAGCACACAUUGACAUGAGUAUAAGGAUUUGUUUUUCAAAAAAAAUAAUUAAAAGUCUCCCCGCCACGUGAUAAGGGCGUCCAACAAGAAAAAGACCCCAUUGAUAACCGCCAUGGACCCUUUGGCCAAACCAUAAUCUCUGUGCUCUCCCUUCCAACUGUUAUCGUAAUGUUUGAUGUUAAGGGCGCCUGCAGCUACAAAAAUAGCGCAACCCACCAAGCUGUAGAAGAUGUCGAUUUUCUUGUUGAUUGGAGCACUAAUUAGGAUGAUAAUGAAACCCCCAAAUGCGACAGCGGACAAAGUGUCGACGUUCCAGUCUCCAGUUUGGCUUUUGUAGUGUAGACCGACGCAAACGACUGCUACAAGCUUUCCAGAAACUUAAUAAUCGACAACCUACUGAUGGCCAUUAUAUGUGUUUGUGUGGCUUAAGUUACCUACAAACAGAAUAUUAUUUUUCUUAAACCACUGAGUCGAUUUACUACGGAGGCUCGCAACGAAACACUGAAACUGGUUUUCCUUCCGACGCCCCGAUUUCUCAUCAAAACUACGUAAUACUUUUCUCAGGACCGCAUUUAGUUGACCAGCGAGUCUCUGUCUCCUAUUGAUUAUGACGAGUUUGAUUCAACAAAAGUCCUGCUCAUGCAUUAUAAAAGUCCGUGACAUAGUUCAAAUGAUGUCAUAGCUAUAACUGAAAAUGGUUUGUUGUUGCUUUUUUCACGGCUAAAUACUUAAAACCUUGAUGAUGUCAUAAUAUGGAGAAUUAGUAAUUUAUUAUAAGGGCCUUUUUAAAUAAACAUGACUUAAUAGUUAGUAAUAGUGCACUUUUGCGCAUAUAGUAAAAAGGUGUUUUGUUGAUUAUUAGUUAUGGAGUUGCAUAAAUUGAAAUUGUUUAGUGAAAGUCACUUUUUGAAGGCCUCUAGGCGAUCCUCCAAUAAUAAAUAAACUCAUUAUCGUGUAAAGAAUUCAAUAAUGUACAAAUGUAAGUCGGCGGAACAUUUAGAAUCUCACGCGGACUCGGUGGUUAAUUCUCCAAAAUCUAAAGCCCAAAGCGACCAGUCAUUUGGUUUAAAGCAAUUCGACGACGUUUUCGAUCGAUUAUUGGAUGAUUCCGAGGACAAUCGCAAACAAAAACGAUCUGGGACAUGGCCAAGAACGAGAUCGUUGAACGCACCUUCGCCAGUACAACAUUUCGGACCAUGCGGUCGUAUAAUGAAAAAUUCUGCUAUGGUCAUGACAAUCCAAGACCCGGCCAGUCAAAGACUGACAUGGUACAAGCCUCCCCUAAGCGUGUUGGUCAUCAAAAAGGCCAGAGACGCCUCGGUUUAUUCCCCAUUUGUCAAACUAGUACAAUGGCUCAUAGAGGUAAUAAUUGUACUACUUAUAAAACAACUCAAUAUUUAAGUUAGUGCCUGCCG